GAUGCAGUGGACGCCGGAGCAUGCCCAGUGGCCAGAACAGCACUUUGACAUCACUUCAACCACUCGGUCUCCUGCCCAUAAAGUUGAAGCCUACAGAGGUCAUUUGCAGCGCACCUAUCAGUAUGCCUGGGCCAAUGAUGAUAUAUCUGCUCUGACUGCAUCCAACCUACUAAAAAAAUAUGCAGAGAAGUAUUCUGGCAUUUUGGAAGGCCCCGUGGACCGACCUGUACUCAGCAACUACUCAGAUACACCAUCAGGACUAGUGAAUGGUCGGAAAAAUGAAAGCGAACCCUGGCAGUCUUCCUUGAAUUCAGAAGCUGUGUAUCCCAUGAACUGUGUUCCCGAUGUUAUCACUGCCAGCAAAGCUGGAGUCAGUUCAGCUCUCCCUCCAGCAGACGUCUCUGCCAGUAUAGGGAGCUCUCCUGGGGUGGCCAGCAACCUGACAGAACCAAGUUAUUCAAGUAGUACCUGUGGAAGCCACACUGUACCUAGUCUUCAUGCAGGGCUCCCAUCUCAGGAAUAUGCCUCCGGAUACAACGGAUCAUAUUUGCAUUCUACGUACAGUAGCCAGCCAGCACCUGCACUUCCUUCCCCUCAUCCGUCUCCUUUGCAUAGCUCCGGGCUCCUACAGCCGCCACCGCCACCUCCUCCUCCACCAGCCCUGGUCCCAGGCUACAAUGGCACUUCUAACCUCUCCAGUUACAGCUAUCCCUCAGCGAGCUAUCCUCCUCAGACUGCUGUGGGAUCUGGGUACAGCCCUGGGGGUGCACCCCCUCCUCCUUCAGCAUACCUGCCUUCAGGAAUUCCUGCGCCGACCCCUCUCCCCCCGACCACUGUUCCUGGCUACACCUACCAGGGCCACGGUUUGACACCUAUCGCGCCCUCAGCUCUGACCAACAGUUCCGCGAGUUCUCUCAAAAGGAAAGCUUUCUAUAUGGCAGGGCAAGGAGAUAUGGACUCCAGUUACGGAAAUUACAGCUAUGGCCAACAGCGAUCUACACAGAGUCCUAUGUACAGAAUGCCCGACAACAGCAUUUCAAACUCAAAUCGGGGGAAUGGCUUUGACAGAAGUGCUGAAACAUCAUCCUUAGCAUUUAAGCCAACGAAGCAGCUAAUGUCCUCUGAACAGCAAAGGAAAUUCAGCAGCCAGUCCAGCAGGGCUCUGACCCCUCCUUCCUACAGUACUGCUAAAAAUUCAUUGGGAUCAAGAUCCAGUGAAUCCUUUGGGAAGUACACGUCGCCGGUAAUGAGUGAGCAUGGGGACGAGCACAGGCAACUCCUCUCUCACCCAAUGCAAGGCCCUGGACUCCGUGCAGCUACCUCAUCCAACCACUCUGUGGACGAGCAACUGAAGAACACUGACACGCACCUCAUUGACCUGGUAACCAACGAGAUUAUCACCCAAGGACCGCCAGUGGACUGGAAUGACAUUGCUGGUCUCGACCUGGUAAAGGCUGUCAUUAAGGAGGAGGUUUUAUGGCCGGUGUUGAGGUCCGAUGCGUUCAGUGGACUGACGGCCUUACCUCGGAGCAUCCUUUUAUUCGGACCUCGGGGAACAGGCAAAACAUUGUUGGGCAGAUGCAUAGCUAGUCAGCUGGGGGCCACGUUUUUCAAAAUCGCCGGUUCUGGACUAGUCGCUAAGUGGUUAGGAGAAGCAGAGAAAAUUAUCCAUGCCUCUUUCCUUGUGGCCAGGUGUCGCCAGCCCUCGGUGAUUUUUGUCAGCGAUAUUGACAUGCUUCUCUCCUCUCAAGUGAGUGAGGAGCACAGUCCAGUCAGUCGGAUGAGAACCGAAUUUCUGAUGCAGCUGGACACUGUACUAACUUCGGCUGAGGACCAAAUCGUAGUAAUUUGUGCCACCAGUAAACCAGAAGAAAUAGAUGAAUCUCUUCGGAGGUACUUCAUGAAACGACUUUUAAUCCCACUUCCUGACAGCACAGCGAGGCACCAGAUAAUAGUACAACUGCUCUCACAGCACAAUUACUGUCUCAAUGACAAGGAGUUUGCACUGCUCGUCCAGCGCACAGAAGGUUUUUCUGGACUAGACGUGGCUCAUUUGUGUCAGGAAGCAGUGGUGGGCCCCCUUCAUGCCAUGCCAGCCACAGACCUUUCAGCCAUUAUGCCCAGCCAGUUGAGGCCAGUUACAUAUCAAGACUUUGAAAAUGCUUUCUGCAAGAUUCAGCCUAGCAUAUCUCAAAAAGAGCUUGAUAUGUAUGUUGAAUGGAACAAAAUGUUUGGUUGCAGUCAGUGAUAACUUCUUUAAAAAAGAAAAUGUAAUGAAUGUUGGCACACACACAUAAAACCUGCUACAUAGGGUUUAGAGCCCCUUUCCAGUAGUGUUUAAAUCGCAAAAGGGUACUGGGGAAGACGACGAUUAAAUUGCAUCUUUAGAGUCAGGGUAGAUGUGGAGGAAAAAAGGCAUCAAGCGAGAGCUUCUGAUUUGAAAGCCCCAGAUGACAGAAAGCAUCUAUUGAUGCUCAGUUUGGUUCAAGUUAGACAACACUCACCAAGGAGCAAGGUGCAAGUGUGUUGAUUUCAGAAGGACAUGAACCUCGUGUGUUGAUUCCAUUCUGCUGUUCUCGAGAUUUAGUUGCUGUCAAGUGCCUGGAGUGGUGCUUUAUUUUUUGUUUGCCUCACAAUUACAUUGGUGGCAUGUGCUAAUAUAAAGAGCUUUAACUUCAAACAUUAUUGGACUAAAGAGAUGAACGGUUGUGUUAUGACAGAAAACCAGAUUUUUGCCAUUUAAGAGCAACAGUAUUCCUCAAUCCUGUCUGUUCUGCAGUAUUAAACUAAGAACAGGUAAAACAGGGUAACGGUAAUCUGGACCUUAAUUUCUGCAGUUCAUUUCUUUUAAUGUUCUUGUCUGCAAAAACUCAGGAAAGCGAUUGUGAUUUGUACAGUACCUCAAAGGAAUGUGUUGAAAGCACUAUGUACUGCUGAGAGUAAUGGGAUAGGCUUCAAUGUUACUUUAUAUUAAAAUGUAUGUUUACCUCAACAAUUGGAAAAUAGCAAGGAAAAUUUCUUUGAAUGUAUCCAGAAAAAUACUGAUGUGUGAUACAACUGAAAAUAUUUACAAUUUAAAGGAGAACUAAAAGGAUUUUAAAUCAAAGUUCUUUUACUGAUUAUGGGGAAUUAACCAGAGCAGAAUAAUUCUUUAUGUCAAUAAUUGCAAGAGUUCGUCGUACAUUGCUCCUUGAUAUUAAGUGAAAAUGGUCUUAAAAGGUACACUGGUUAGUGGAAAGCUACUUUUCCGUUUGUGUUAGUGUCUAAAACAGUCCGUCACAAGACUUGUUUAGGACCCUGAAAGUCACAGUACCUGAAAACAAGGACUGCCUUUUACUGCAUAGGUGAUAGUAGUGGUGGUGGUUUGCAAGUUAUCUCUUAAAACUGCUGGGAAUGGUGUCAUUCUGUUCACUAAUCUAGCUUAUAGGCUCACCGUGAUGUUUGAUAGAAUGCAGAAGAUAGCAACCAAAACAAUCAAAUGAUUCGAUACAAAAACCCAAUCAACCAACCAACAUAUAUACAUAUAUAUAUUCAUACAUAUAUACAUACAUAUAUUCAUGUAUGUAUGUAUACCACAAGGAAACUCUACAUCCCUUCUCCUUUUUGAUCCCUCUCUUGUCAGUGCAAUUUUGCUUCUCGUUUUGAAAUCUUCUGUGCUGUGUUCCUCCUACAUUCAUUUCUACCUCAGUUUUGUUACAUUUCUCUUAGGAAAAAAAAAAGUAGAAAAUUGGAAAA